AUGGCAGGUAAAUUUGGAUUUCGCUUCCUGUACGGGGAUCAGCCGCUGCAACUGUACUUCUAUGCGGUGCCGCAUCUAUGUCUGAACCUCAUGGGCUACUGGCCGGACAUGCUGGAUGCGCUGCAGCAGCGCGCUCUGUUCCAUUUUGUGGUGCUGGGCGUGGGUGUUGCGACCGAGAUACAUGCCGGCCUCCAAUUUGCACAGAAUGGAGAGAUUUCGCUUGCCCUGGAGACGUUCUGUCCGGCGGGCACCUCGGCCGUUACAUUGCUGAAAAUGUAUCUCAUGCUCCGCUAUAGAAACGACUUAUUCAACGUGUUGGCCAAUCUACGACAGAUGCUGUUCGACGGCGCCAGCCAAUCGGACGAAAAACAAAAGAUAAUGCGAAAGCAUCUUCUGAUGGCAUCACGAUUCAACUUUUGGCCACUCUCCGCGGGAUUCUUUACGUGCACCAUGUACAAUCUGAAGCCCCUAAUUUUAGCCUUGCUGCAGUACUGGGGACAGGCCGAGCAGAUUAAGUGGGACAUGCCCUUCAAUAUGACCAUGCCCUCUUUCCUGCUGCAUGCACCACUCUUUCCGGUUACUUACAUUUUCAUCGCUUACACUGGCUACGUGACCAUUUUUAUGUUCGGCGGCUGUGAUACCUUCUACUUUGAGUUCUGUGUGCACAUUGCCACACUGUGCAACUUCCUGGAGGUCGACAUACGUGCGCUUUUUCGGCCAUACGAUGGACUCCAACAGAUGGACGACUUGCGAGGCACACUAUUCGUUGGAUGUCUGGUGCGACUUAUCAAGCGGCAAAACGAUAUCAUUGAGCUGACGGCGUUCUUUCGGCAACGCUACUGGAUUAUCACAUUGGCGCACUUCUUGUCCGCCAGCAUGGUGAUCGCCUUCAGCAUAGUCGAACUGAUGAUCAACGGCGGCAAUGGACUGGGCACCCUGCUCUACAUUGGAUACACGGUGGCUGCCCUUAGCCAGUUGUUUAUCUACUGCUACGGCGGCACUUUGGUCGCUGAGAACAGUCUCCAUCUGGCCACUGUGAUGAGCUCCUGUCCCUGGCACAUAUGCCAGCCCAGGCAUCGGCGCUACAUAAUGCUCUUCAUAAUGCGGUCGCAGCGUGCCCUGACAAUGGCUGUGCCCUUUUUCUCGCCCUCGUUGGUCACCUUUGCCGCAAUACUGCAAACGUCGGGCUCCAUAAUAGCGCUGGCCAAGUCCUUUCAAUAA